AUGGAGACUUUGAGUCGUGUUUCCGAGUAUCUCUUCGGCCCUUCAAUCCCAACCAGGGAACCAUGUGGCCGAACAGUGCAGAUCAUGUCAGAUCUACAUCUCGAGCUAAACCGGCAAUACUCGACAUUUGACUUUCCCGUCAAGGCGCCCCUGCUCGUCCUUGGUGGUGACAUUGGCCGUCUGGUCGACUACGACAUGUUUCUCCCCUUUCUCGCACGCCAAACCGCACGCUUUGAAAAGGUCUUUCUUGUCCUCGGAAACCAUGAGUUUUAUGAGAUGAGUUAUGAGGAUGGUGUGGAAAAGGCAAAGGAGUUGGAGAAGGAGGAGGUUCUUGAGGGAAAGCUUGUGAUACUGGAUAGGAAGCGAUGGGAUGACCCUGAUUCGAAGUUGACUAUUGUCGGUGCAACACUCUGGUCAAAUAUCCAUCCCUCAGCAGCGGAAAUCAUCACACUCCGAGUUUCAGACUACAAGCUCAUCUCUGGCUGGUCGGUCGCCAAGCACAACGAGUGCCAUGCCAAGGACCUCGAGUACCUCACAACCACCGUCGCCGAACUCAACGAGCUCCCUCCAGAGUCUCAGCGCAACGUUCUUGUAGUGACGCAUCACGCACCCUGCGUACGAGGCGCGUCGCGGCCGGAACACGUCAAGGUUCCAUACAAGACAGCUUUCUCGACAGAUGUGCUUCAGGCUAGGGAUUUCAGAGGGGAGGUAUCAAGGUCGUUGCAAACCAGAGAGGGUAUGUUCUGGGCUAUAAGGGCCCGACGUUGGAGGACACAAGAGGAUUUGAUGAUGGGAGGGUUGUAG